AUUUAGAUCUCUUCCCUUCCCCUUCGCGAACCAACCUGGAAAGCUUCCAAUCUUCACAGCAGACUCAGCUACCUCCUACAACAUGGGCCACGAGGGAAAGACUGUACUUGUCACAGGGGCAGGUGGAGGACUCGGUCGAGCCAUCGCCGAGAACUUCAUCGCCGUGGGCUGCAAUGUUGUGGUUUGUGACAUUAACCAUCAGCUCCUCGAUGACUUCUCAGAGAAGAACAGCUCCCCCAAAGUGCUGGCGUUAAAUUCGGAUAUCACCUCGGAAACAGAUCUCGAUGAACUCUUCAAACAGACUGAAGCCAAGUUCGGAACAUUUGAUUAUAUCGUCAAUUCGGCCGGAGUCAUGGACAAAUUCAACCCGGCGGGAACUAUGGAGCGAGCAGAAUGGGACCGCUGUAUUGCAGUCAACUUGACUGCCCCCAUGUCGAUCAUCAAGCGUGCUGUCAACGGCUUUUUGAGGGACAACAAGAAAGGCAGUAUCGUCAACAUUGCAUCUGUGGCAAGUUUCAAAGGUUUCGCCAAUGGUGCUGCAUACACCGCAAGCAAGGCUGGUCUCAUAGGCCUGACCAAGAAUACUGCUGCUUUUUACAGACUGAAAGGCAUACGCUGUAACGCUAUUGCCGCUGGCGCGAUGCAGACCAAUAUUGGAAACGAUCUGGCGGGUGGCAAUUUCAACAUGGAGGGUAUGAUGCUCAUGAAGAAGACCUUUGGUGACUGGGAAGGUGGAUAUGCAGACUUGGGACAGAUGGCUAAAUUGGUAGCCUUUUUGUCUUCGGACGAGGCCGAGAUGAUCAAUGGCGCCCUGGUGAAUGCUGAUGGAGGCAUCACUGCUCCAUAAACUUGUAGAGCAUCUUGGCUAUAUUCAUACCGAGUCUCCUCUGGCAUUCUCACCAGCUCUGGGUUGCAGUCGAUCUUGAGACAGAAAAACGAUACCAGGCGUAGCAAUAGAUCCAACUCAUAGAUCACGCCAGAACAUUCCUCCUCGUGCUAGGUCAAGUAUGAUUUGCCAUUAGAUCUCCA